CGGUGCUGGGAUUCAGACACUAACAAGUGUUCUCACUAGAAAGUAGCCUAGUGGUUUCAGUAGGUGAAGCGUCUUCAUCAACAGGUGACAAACAUGACGGAGCCCACAAAGCACGACAUUUCUACCAUCUUCAAGCGUCUACGCGCCAUUCCAACGAAUAAGGCCUGUUUCGACUGCUUUGCGAAGAACCCAAGCUGGGCUAGCAUCACCUAUGGUGUGUUUCUGUGUAUUGACUGCUCAGGGACGCACCGUUCUCUAGGUGUGCAUCUGACCUUUAUCAGGUCUACUGAACUGGAUUCCAACUGGUCCUGGUUUCAGCUACGUUGCAUGCAAGUUGGGGGGAAUGCCAGCGCUUCUGCCUUUUUUAACCAGCAUGGUUGCACUGCCAGUGAAGCCAAUGCCAAAUAUAACAGCCGUGCAGCUAAGCUUUAUAGAGAGAAGAUCAAGACGUUGGCUACCCACGCCACCAGACAGCAUGGCACUGAGCUCUGGCUGGACAGUCAGGCUCCUCUCUCCCCUACAUCGCCUGAGGACAAGCAGGUAGACUUCUUCAGCCAGCACACACAGAAUGAAGGAAGCUUCUUUCAGGAAAAUCUUAAUCAUCCACAGGAAACAAUCUUGCAAGAUAAUAAUAAUGACAAUCAAGAAGGCCCUUCCGUUGAGCUUCUCAGUGUUUCUCCAAAAGCCGCCCUAGAGCCUUCUCUUAUCAAAAAGAAGCCUGCAGCAGCCAAAAAAGCGCUUGGUGUUAAAAAAGGAGGUCUUGGGGCUCAGAAAGUGAGCAGCCAGAGUUUCUCAGUGCAGGAGAAGAGAGCUCAGGCUGUGGACAAACUACGUGAAGAGUCAGUCACUGAGAAGAGUGCCAAGCCUGAAGAGCCAGUUGUGACGUCUCUGAGGCUGGCCUAUCAGGAUCUGGAGCUCCAGAGAAAGAAAGAUGAGGAGAAGCUGCGAGGGCUCAAGGGCCAAAAGAAGGAGCAGGCAGAGAGGCUGGGGAUGGGUUUCUCCAACAGGAGUGGAGUGUCUCACUCUGUCCUGGCGGACAUGCAGACGAUUCAGCAGGAGACUCCCACUUUGACCCAGUCCUCCUCUCAUUCCAAGAAGUACAGUGACGAUGAUGAUGAAGAAGAGGGAUAUUUUUUCGUUAGAACCUCCUCCAAGUUUACUAAUGAUGCGCCUCAGUCAUCUGACCAGUUCUUCUCCCACUGGGAGGACAUCAAGAAGAAAGAAAGCAAGAAACCAGAGCCCGAUAUUUAUUUGAGCUCCAAGACCUCAUCAUUUGAAGACAGGACUGCAUCAAGGAGAAAAGCGGAGCCUGGGAUGUUUCCCGUCUCUGAUGAUGCCCAGAAGAAAUUUGCUGGUGCAAAAGCCAUCUCCUCUGACAUGUAUUUUGGUAAACAAGAUGACGCUGAGUAUGAAGCGAGGACUCGACUGGAGCGUUUCUCCGACAGUUCAGCCAUUAGUUCAGCAGAUCUGUUUGACGAGCAGAAGAAACAGACAAGCAGUUCAUACAGCCUGAGCAACGUGCUGCCCAGUGCUCCAGAUAUGGCCCAGCUGAAGAUGGGAGUCCGCUCUGUGGCUGGCAAGCUGUCUGUCAUGGCCAGUGGAGUGGUUUCAACUAUACAGGAUCGCUACAGCACAUGAGCACAUUGAGUAUAGGGAACGAAUCAGAAGGACA